AUGUCGGCUCUUCGGAAGAUUGCUUUUCUGAGCGUCCUCGCUGCACCGGCUGCAGCCUUCUGGCGACUACCAUGCAAGUCUACCAUCGUCGUCGAACGGGUCGAUCCCAUUGUGGCCCCUGGAAACAUCUCCGGCCAUGUACACCAGAUCAUGGGCGGCAACGGCUUUGACUUUGAGAUGGAUUUUGCUGAUACCCAGGCCUCGACAUGCACAUCGUGUACUGUGCAUGGCGAUUUCUCAAAUUACUGGACCCCAGUUCUAUACUAUCAGCAUCAAGAUGGCACAUUCGAGAAAGUCAAUCAACUUGGUGGAGGGCUGGUCUACUACCUCCAGCGCUCGGGACCAAACAAGGAUAAGCUCCAGGCCUUCCCGGAGGGCUUUAGAAUGAUUUCUGGGGACCCUUUCAAACGUUCUUCUGGAAAUGAUUUUGCUUCCCAAGCUAUCAGCUACGCCUGUCUCGAUUACAGUGGUCCAGCCAAGCCCGAAACGCCAGGCUUCCCGACUUACAACUGUCCUAGCGGUCUUCGGUCUCAAGUCUUCUUUCCCUCCUGCUGGGACGGCAAGAACCUAGAUUCAGCCGACCACAAGUCUCACAUGUCAUUUCCAAUUGGUGCCUACAACGAUGGCAAGUGCCCCGAUACACAUCCCGUUCAUCUCGUGUCCAUCUUCUACGAAAUUAUCUGGGAUACCAACAAGUUCAAGGACAUGUGGUAUGGCAACAAACAGCCGUUCGUGUGGGCUCAGGGAGAUCCCACUGGAUAUGGCUUCCAUGGCGACUUCCUGAUGGGUUGGAAUCGAGACCUACUCCAGCGUGCUGUCGACCAAUGCACCAGCGACAGUGGUCGUGUGGAGGAUUGUCCAGUAUUCAAUCUGUACCCAGAUUCCACUGCUGAAGGCUGCAAGAUCGCCUCGAAGAUUGAUGAGGAUAUUCAAGGACCCUUCAGCAAGCUUCCGGGAUGCAAUCCUGUUCAGCCAGGCCCUGAUCGAGCUCAAAUCAUCGCGACAUGUGAAGGCAACACUGCAACUAUUGGCCAAGGUAAACCCUUUUUCAAGGACCUGACCAGCCAAGGUUGGGGUUACCAGGGCUGUGGUACUGACAACUACUACGCUCGAGCGCUUACAGGGGCCAGCACGAGCCAAGCCGGCAUGACCAACGAACAAUGUAUCGCGUUUUGUGGCGGCAAAGGUUUUUCUACAGCUGGUACACAAUAUAGCAAAGAAUGCUAUUGCGGUAAUUCGAUCCCUGCCUCAGCACAACCUGUCGCUGGUGUGGUCGGUAACUGCAAUAUGCCCUGUGAUGGCGAUGCUACUCAGAACUGUGGCGGUAGUAGUCUGCUUUCCCUCUACCAGAAGUGCACAGGCAGCACGUGCUCCAACGCAGCAGGAGUGGGUGGUGGCAGCAGCGCAUCAGCAAGCUCUUCUGUCAGCAGCGCCAAGUCCUCGAGUAUCAGCCAGCAGAUCAAGGUUCAGUCUACCACAACCACGACAAGACUGCUAGCUCGUGGUACAAGCUCUUCGUCGUCGUCCUCCUCCUCCUCCACGUCCUCGUCUGCAAGUAAGAUCACGCCCUCGCCAUCCUCAAGCAAGACCUCAACAUCAUCCACCUCCUCAAGCACCACCCAAUCCUUGUCCUCAUCUACAAGCAAACCCUCUUCACCAACUUCAUCUUCAUCCUCUUCGUCUGCCUCUCCAAUUGCCACCUCCACUUCCACCCUCCCUCCAAAUUGGACCUACCGAGGCUGCAUCACCGACGCCAUCAACCCCCGCACUCUCCCCAAACUCGCCCCCUACACCCUCGACAACAAACAAGUCACCUCGACAUCCUGCGUCUCCUACUGCUCCAAAGCCGGCUACGUCUACGCUGGCACCGAGUACGGCGGUGAAUGCUGGUGCGGCAACGAUGCGCCUAUAACCGCGAAACUCGACGAGAGUAAGUGUGGCACACCGUGUAAAGGCGAUUUAACUCAGAAGUGCGGUGGUCCUUCUGCGUUGAGUUUGUAUGCGGCUGGCGGGAAGACAAAGAGAGAUGGUGAGGAGCAGCAGCAGCUCGAGGUGGUGAAGGAGCAUAUGAAAAGGCAUGGACGUGGGAGAUUUGGAAGGGGUGCAUUUUUGUGA